UUCUAGGUACUUGGGAAUCACCAGUGAACAAAACACAGAUCCUGCUCAUGUGGACCUUGUAUGCCAGAGACAAUUGCAGCAUGACUUUCCCAUGGCCAUGAUUUUCAGCACAGAUGAUUUUUUCGCCAGGGAAGAUGGUGCCUAUGAGUUCAAUCCUGACUUCUUGGAGGAAGCUCAUGAAUGGAACCAGAAAAGAGCAAGAAAAGCAAUGAGGAAUGGCAUAUCCCCCAUUAUUAUUGAUAAUACCAACCUCCACGCCUGGGAAAUGAAGCCCUAUGCUGUCAUGGCACUUGAAAAUAACUAUGAAGUUAUAUUCCGAGAACCUGACACUCGCUGGAAAUUCAACGUUCAAGAGUUAGCAAGAAGAAACGUUCAUGGAGUCCCAAGAGAAAAAAUACACCGAAUGAAAGAACGGUAUGAACAUAAUGUUACCUUUCACAGUGUACUUCAUGCAGAAAAACCAAGCAGAAUGAACAGAAACCAGGACAGGAAUAAUGCAUCACCUUCCAGUGGUGCAGGAUACUGGAAUUGUUAUGCAGAGUUUCCACACCGGAGGGCUCAUGGUAGCUUCACAAACGAGAGCUCCUUUAGCAGAAGGGGUGGUUGUCACCAUGGAUAUUAGAGGCCUAUCUUACAGCCAUUCAGAAUUUUCCUAAAUAAGUUUUUACUUCAAUUUUUGGUAUUUAUUGUUUGUUUAGUUUUAGCAGAGCUCUGAUUCCAGUGUAAAUAGUUAAACCCCAAAGUUUCUGAGCAGAGGUUACUAUAUUCAUUAUCAUCGACAAGAACUUGUUAAAGUGCACCUGUGUGCAUGGUCUGAUGCUGGGCAUUCUGAGAUUUGAUUAAAGUCUUUCUCUAGAGGAAGAAUUAAUUUGAAACUGAAAUCCAUGAACAUAAACAGUCAUUGAGGUUCAUACACAAAACUAUAUUAUAUGUGUUUCAGUGCCAUUUUAUUAAUUAUCUUUCAAAAGCUUCAUCUCUACCAGAAGCGAGAGAGGUAGGGGAGAAACAAGAGGCAGAAAAUGUUUUUAGUGCCACUGCUACUUGAUAAUAUGUAUCCAAACACGUGAGACAUGUGGUUAAUGAUACUGAUUUUCCUUUAAAAUAGGCUAGAAAGUUUACAUAUAAAGGAAUAUUAUUCUUCAAAGUGGACACUUUGGGAAGUUACUCCUUUAUUUUGAUGAUCUAUUACCCUUAAGAUGUCUGUGGAACCUUGAUCACUAAACAAGUGACUCAGGAAAAUCAGUGUCAUUAUUUGUAAUGCUUUGUGUUUAACUACUUUAUUCAACAGAAUUAAACCUAACUUUUGUCUGUUGUCUUAUUGUGUAAAUAAAAUUAACCUGCCUUCAUAAAACAUCAAUUUUGAGAAACAAUUAAGCAAUUUCUAAAAUUAUGUCUAUAAAUGUAAUUACUUGGCACCCAAAAUAUUUGGGAGUGCAAGGAAUUAGGCAGCCCAGGAUAUAGA